AUGAAUGAGAGAGCUGGAGGGAGUGGGGAAGAAAAGAAAUCGAAAGAAAAAGGACAACCUCAGGAAACUAAUGGACAGGAGAAAGGAACAAAUAGAACGGGGGAAAAAAGGAAUAUAGAGGACAAACAGGAGGAAAAGAGGGAUAUGGUGCAGGAGGGGAAAUUGAAGGAGAAGGAAAAUGGGGGGGAGAAGGGAAAAGAAAAGGAGAGACAACUGACCUUCAAGCAAAAUAUGAACCAACAGGAAAAUGAGGGUGAAAAAGAAAUUGAGAAUAUACAUGCAAUGUGGAUAGAUGUGAGUGAAAGAGAGGGAGGGGAAGGGAUGGAAAUCUGGCCGAGAUGUGAGAAGGGGGAGGGGAGUAGUGCAGGAGGAAGAGAAAAGGAGACUGGGCAGGAGGGGGAUCAAAAGGAGAAUGUGAAGAUUGGACGAAAGAGUAGAUAUUCUAGAGGAGGUAUAAGCGGGAGGAGAGUUCCUUUGACAGAGAUUAGGAUACAAAAUGAGCAACCAAGGUUAAAGGAAAAAAGGACAUCUAUGCUGAGGGAUGAACCAGAUGAAAUGCUUGUGGACUCAGAUACCAUGGAGCAAGGAAGGACAAAAUUACAAAAGAAAGAGGUGCAGAUGGAAACAUUACUGAGGGUGACGGAGGCAAUCCCUGAAGGGCCUCCACAGUGUAAAUGA